GCCUCGAUCCAUGUCACAAUUAAACAAGAGACACAAAGAAAGAGCAAAAAAAAGAAGCAAGAGAGAGGGAGAGAUUGAGGGUGGAGGAGGGAGAAUGGAACAGAAGCUCCAGGAGUUCCAUGAAGCAAUAGUUGAAAAGAAUUUAGAAGCAUUCAAAGAAAUACUGAAAAAAGAUCCAAAGAUUCUUGAUAGGAUUAAGGUGGGUUGUUUCAUUCACACUCCUCUGCACGUAGCAGCGUAUCACGGGCAUUUAGAAUUUGUUAAAGAAAUUCUAAAGAAAAGUCCGGGGCUUGUUGAGGUGUUGGAUUCGCGCCGAUGGUCUCCUCUUCACUUGGCAUCUGCUCAAGGCCAUCUGGCGAUUGUACAAGAGCUUGUAUCGAAAAAUCGUGACAUGUGCACAUCUCUUGAUGGAGAUGCUAGAACCCCUCUCCAUCUUGCAGCCAUGAAAGGUAAGAAGGAGGUCUUGGACAAGUUGUUUGAAGAAAGCCUGUGUAGCCCUCAUGCGUUGAUGAAUGCCAAGGAUGUUGCUGGUAAUACCAUACUGCAUCUAGCUGUCAGGAAUAAAGAAUUCAAGGUUGUGGAUUAUUUGCUUAAAAAAAUAGAAAUGGCAGAAAAGUCAGAAAAUCGAAUAAAGGCAGUAAAUGCAGUAAACAAUUAUGGCUACACAGCAUAUGACAUGAUUGUAAUGGAAAUUGAAGAAAACACAGAGGAAAUUAAAGCCACCUUUCGAAAAGUGAAAGCAAUGAAAGCAAAAGAUCUCUCCCAAGGUGCAUGGUUGUCAAAAAAACGAGACAUAUUAAUGGUCGUGGCAUCACUUAUCGCGACAAUGGCUUUCCAAGCUGGGCUGAAUCCUCCAGGAGGUUUCUGGCCAGACAAUGCACCUUCACAUAGAGCAGGGGAAGCUAUAAUGGCUUAUAACUAUCCAAAUACAUAUCCGUAUUUCAUUCGUGCUAACACGACAGGAUUCGUUGCAUCUGUGAGUACAAUCUUAUUGCUCAUAACUGGUUGGCCGUUCAAGAAAAAGUUUUUCAUGUGGCUUAUGGUCGUGAUAAUGUGGGUGACAAUUACAUCAAUUGCUUUUACUUAUGCAUUUUCCAUCGUAGUUGUGUCACCAAAAAAGCAAAGGGAACCACUUUCGAAUACAAUUGUGGUUGGAGCCAUAGUGUGGUGCAGUGUAAUGGUGAGUCUCCUCAUAGCUCACACAAUUCGCGUUAUAAAUUGGUGGUUGAAGACCAAAAAAGGAAUACAUGUUUGGCCAGAAAUUAAGAACUUCUUCAACUCAUGUAGACAAGUUAGAAAUUCAGGUAAUGGUGAAGAUCAUCAAAUGGAACCAAUUGGACAAGGCCAACAACAAUCAAGAGUAAAUACAAAUUCAGUUAAUGGUGACCAUUCCAAUGUUUGAUCUUUAUGUUUAAUGUGUGAGUUUUUCCAUUUUUUUUUUACAAUAAUAAUAAUCGUGCAUGGUAAUAUUUGAUCUUGUGUUUAAUGUGUGACUUUCCAUUUGUUGUAAAGUUCGUAUUUUUGAGACAAUAAAUUUAUAAGUGAAAUCACAAAUUAGUUCUAUUCUAUUA